UUAUGUUAAGAGGAUUAAAAUUUGUUUAAAAGAAUAUCAUCAAUUAAUGCAAAAAAAAGUGGUACAUUAUAAUUCUGAAGAUAUUGUUAAAUCUGAAAUAUUUGGUGAUCAAUUAAUGUUGGUUUCUGGUACCAUGAAUAAGUAUGAGAUCAAGGCUAAAUUAGAUUUGGUCACUAAAAAUCAAGAGAAACCAAUCUUACCUUCAGUUCAUUCAGAUCAUAUUGUUAUUUGGCACAAGAUUGAAGUUAAAAUCACCUUAAACGAUGCUCCAAAAAUUAAGUUUGAGAAAGAAGUUAAUGUUGUUAACACUAUCUGUGAAGAAGAUGCUUCUAUGAUCACCGAGGAAAGGCGAAGGUCUAAUUGGAGUAAAAUGGAUAAAUUAUCUGCGAAAGCUGUUUAUAAUUUGUUAAUUAAUUAGUGAAGAUAAGGGGAAGCCGGGAAGGGGAGAAAAGAAUUAAUUUUACCUAUUUAGAUAUUUAAUAUUAUAUAUUAUGCGCGCGCGUAUUAUGUCAUUCAUGUGAAAUUUAAUAAAAUUCAUAAUCUAUCUCUUAAUGAAAAUUUGAUAUUAUUUAACAUCAUCAUGUGACAUUACGCGAUAAACACGAUUAUU